AUGGCGAACGUAGAUAAGAAAACACUAGAGGAACAGAUAAAAAUCCAGGGCGAAAUCGUGAGAAAGUUGAAAGCUGAAAAGGCUGAUAAAGAUAAGGUGACAGAAGAGGUCAACAAAUUGCUAGAGCUGAAAAAGCAACAUGGAGAUAAUGGUCCCAAGAAGUUUGUGCUCAAAACUCCAAAAGGCACUCGAGACUUCACCCCAGAACAAAUGGCCAUCAGGGAGGGCGUCUUUGACAAAAUUAUUUCCUGCUUUAAGCGUCAUGGUGCUGAAACCAUUGACACUCCUGUCUUUGAGCUGAAGGAAACACUGACAGGUAAAUAUGGGGAGGACUCCAAACUCAUCUAUGACCUGGCAGACCAAGGUGGAGAGUUAUUAUCGCUGCGCUAUGAUCUCACAGUACCAUUUGCUCGCUAUCUUGCCAUGAACAAAGUGAGCAACAUCAAACGAUACCACAUUGCCAAAGUCUACAGGAGAGACAACCCUGCCAUGAACAGGGGCAGGUUCCGAGAGUUCUAUCAGUGUGAUUUUGAUAUUGCUGGACAAUAUGACCCAAUGUUGCCGGAUGCUGAAUGUAUAAAAAUUGUGGUAGAAAUCCUGUCAAGCCUUGAUAUCGGAGAUUUUGUAAUCAAGGUUAACCACCGUAAGCUUCUGGAUGGCAUGUUUGCAGUCUGUGGAGUGCCAGAUGAUAAAUUUAGGGCUAUAUGUUCAACUGUUGACAAGUUAGACAAGACUUUCUGGGAUGAUGUACGUGAUGAGAUGAUUAACGAGAAGGGUCUCGAUUCAGAAGCAGCUGAUAUGAUAGGAGAGUAUGUCCAGUUUAAAGGAGGGCUUGAUCUGGUAAAUGAGCUGUUGAAAGAUAAAAACUUAACCACAAAGAAGAAUGCAGUAGAAGCUUUAGAGGAGAUCAAACUGCUGUUGACCUACUGUGAGGCUUACAACGUCAGUGACAAGGUGUGCUUUGACAUGAGUCUAGCUAGAGGUUUGGACUACUAUACAGGAGUCAUCUACGAAGCUGUUUUGACAGCUCACAGCCACCAGGCAUCAGCCAGUGGAGAAGAAAAUGUCGGAGUAGGCAGCGUGGCAGGUGGUGGUAGAUAUGACGGUUUGGUGGGGAUGUUUGACAGCAAGGGGAAGAAGGUGCCUUGUGUCGGAGUCAGUAUAGGCAUAGAGAGGUUGUUUUCUAUCAUGGAGGCCAAGGCAUUGGCUGCAGCGAAAAAGGUUCGAACCACAGAGACAGAAGUCUAUGUGAUAGCAGCUCAGAAAGGAAUGGUAGAGGAGAGACUGAAGCUGUGCAAUGCAUUAUGGGAUGCUGAUGUCAAGACUGAACAGUCAUAUAAAAAGAAUACAAAGAUGUUGAGCGAAUUCCAGUAUUGUGAACAAAAUGGCAUUCCUCUUGCGGCCAUCAUUGGGCAGUCUGAAAUUGAGACUGGGGUGGUCAAGUUGAAGAUAAUUGGCUCCAGAGAAGAGAGAGACGUGCCCCGUUCAGAUAUUGUCCAGGAAAUCAGGAACAUGUUAGCGUCACUGAAGAUAGGCAAAGAAUCUACCAGUGGCAACUGA